AGUCUUGAUGGAAUGAACAAAAUACCCUUUGGCGUAUUGAAACAAUAAAAUGCAAACUCGCCAAUUAUUGCAUUUAUGAGCAGUGAUUCAAUUAUAGCGACUUCCGAUUUAGUGACUUGUCAUGAAGCACUUUUGUAAAACCUCGUAACUAAGCCAAUCAUCAAUGAGCCACGUAUCAAUUCUCGCAUCACGACCCAUCUUAUAGCCGUCAGCAUCCUACAGCAUCACCUCCAGAUCUCCAUCAUCCAUCAUGUCUGAGUCUUCAAAGAAAAUCGUCUUCUACGACAUCACUGCUCGCCAGCCGGUGGAGAAGAACUGCUUCUCUCCAAACCCGUGGAAGAGCAGAUUUGCCCUCAACUUCAAGGGCGUCCCAUACUCGACGUCAUGGGUAGCCUUGCCAGACAUCACCAAAGUGCGCACUAGCCUCAAGGUCCCCGCCUGUCGCAAAUUCAACGAUGGUAAAGAAUUUUACACUCUGCCCAUCAUUGAGGAUCCUUCAACUGGGUCUGUAGUCGGCGACUCCUUCGACAUCGCUAUUUACCUACAAAAGACCUACCCAAGCUCUGGCGGAGGGGACCUCUUCCCCACUCAGACGUUGGACUUUGACUUCAAGCAUCCUUACAUCCUCGUCCCCCUCUCCGAGUGGCGCGACAAGGAAAACCCCGAGUACGCCAAGUUCAAUCUGAACAUCGAUGCGGCGUUUACUGCACAUGUUCAAUUGGGAGUUCAGGGAAUGCCGUUCGAUCCAGCUUCUGAGGAGGAGAGCAAGGCUGAGUUUGUCCGACGCGCGGGGGUAAAACAGUGGGACGAUUUCGCGCUAGUUGGCGAGGCUCGGGACAAGGUGAUGAAGUCUCUUCGAGAAAUGCUGGGUAAUCUUGCAAAACUGUUCACGAGGGACACGAGUGGUCCGUUUUUGCUUGGGAAGAAGGCCAGCUAUGCGGACAUGGUUGUUGGUGCGUGGCUGAGAAUGCUGCAUGCUACUCUGCCUGAGGAUGAAUGGGCUCAGAUUGCGGGCUGGCACGAUGGUACCUUUGGUCAGUUGCAUGAGGCUCUGGAUGCCUAUGCAGAGGUUAAAUAGAUCUGAUACAGUGUUGAAAGAACCCAAGAUCUCUAUAGAAUAAACUCAUGUCGGGCCGCGGACCCCGAUACCCCACAUAUCUCGCGCAACG